AUGGGACUGUUUGGCGGCAAAAGCUUCGAUCCUGCUACAGAAAUACUUAGCUUGAAAGGGAAGGUCUUCUUUGUGACUGGAGGUAACACCGGGCUUGGUCUUGAAGCAAUCAAGCAGCUACUUGAGCAUGAGCCAGAACAAGUCUUUCUAGCUGCUCGUACACCCAGCAAAGGUGAAGCCGCCGUCGCAGAAUUGAAGAAGAACCAGCCCAAUGCCAAUAUUGCAUUCAUACCCCUCGACCUCUCCUCAUUCGACUCCAUCUCCUCUGCCGCCCAAGAAUUUGCCUCCAAACAAACGCGAUUAGACGUUCUUAUGAAUAAUGCGGGCAUUAUGGCAGUCCCUUCAACCGAGACUAAGGACGGCUAUGAGAUCCAGUUCGGCACCAAUCACAUGGGUCACGCACUCCUCACGAAGCUCCUGAUGCCUACUCUUGAAGCCACCGCACAGCAACCAGGCGCAGAUGUCAGAAUUAUCAACCUCACUAGUGAAGGACACAAUUUUGCUCGCACAGCCUCGGUCCUCACAGAUCAAAUUGCGCUCAAGAAGCUCAAUCCUUGGACAGUCUACGGCUACAGCAAGCUGGCCAAUAUCCUCUUCGCACAGCAAUUAGCUGCUCACCACCCCAACAUUACCAGCGUAGCCGUUCACCCAGGAGUCAUCAAAACUGACCUGUACGCGCCAAAUAGUACUUCCAAUCCAAUUCUUAGGUGGGGUCUCAUGGUCGGAGGGUGGUUGAGAGGUACCGUCCAGCAGGGUGCAUUGAAUCAAUUGUGGGCUGCAACAGCGCCGAAAGAGGAGAUUCGGAACGGUGCUUACUACAAGCCUGUCGCCAGUCUAGCCGCUGGGAGCCCACUUGCACAGAAAAAGGGGCUGGCCUCGGAUUUGUGGGAGUACACAGAGAAGGAGCUUGCAGCGAAGGGCUUCUAG